GGGUCGCCAGGCCGCGGUUUGCAGUGUUUUUUGAAAACCACUGUGGUGGUUGCAUGAGGCAGUCAUGGGCUGCAGCUGUAGCAAGACAACUGCAGCGCCCCGAGGUAAACCUCUCCCGUCCCUGCUUGGUUCCAGCUUGAAGCUGCACCUGUCUGAUGGCGAAGGCGACCAAAAGACUGACCGCAGAAAACGAGGGCUGCAUGAGAGGUUGAGUUCAACCCGUUCAACCGAUCUGGAGUCAGGUGGUUCUACUAGCAGCUCAGUGAGUUGGGAAACGGAGUUGCUGCGGGUGAGUUCGGACCUAGAACAGAAGUUGAAGGAUCCACACUUCGUGGCGCAAUGCUGCGACUUGGAUGGUUCUGGUGAUUUGGAUAUGCACGAGCUGGGCCACGCUGCCCGGGCUUUCGGCAUGAAGUUGUCACCAGAGAGGCUACGGCAACUGAUGGCUGGAGCCAAGCGCGCCAGCAAGGAGCGCUUCGCAGAGGUUGUAGCUGAGCCAGUUCUGCCAUCUGAGAGAACUCGACCAACCGUUCCCCAGUCGUUGCGCGGCAUGGCCCUGGGGCAACUGCAACACCUGGAGGCAUUGUUCAUCCAAUCCGGGUGGCUUGCUGCACAGUGCGAUGCUUACAAUGCAAAGCAUGCGGAUGCCAUCCGUAAAAAAGAGAAAGGUUUCUUCCAGCGAGUAUGCAACUUGUAUUCUCUGGAUGCCUAUGUGGUCAGUCCAAUGUCGAAACCUGGCCAUUGUGCAGCUAGAGAACAGGAUCGUACAGGGAGUGUGCCACCAGCAACUGACAAGAUGUCAUUUUCCUCGUUGCUGAACCCCAAUGGUCUCAUUGUGCAUUGCUUUGUGUCCCACUUCUGGGGGAAGUUGUUCAGUGAGACCGUCACAGCUCUUCGGCUGUGGGCUGAGCAUUACCAACGAUCGGACGCAGGGACUGCGUCAACCACUACGUUGGGCACUGCGGGCACUGCCUGCCCAAAGGCUGUGGUCUUUUGGAUUUGCCUCUUUGCCGUGAAUCAGCACGAUGUGGCUGACGAAGUAGGAGACAGUCCGAUGCAAGGACCCUUCAAUGCAGCAAUUGCCAAAGCCACAGGUGGUGCAGUGAUGGUUCUGGACCAAGACAUCAACCCCUUUAAGAGAAUCUGGUGCCUUUUUGAGGUGUCCCGCCUCAAAGAACUCAAUCAACCAUUUGAGUUGAUCUGUGAAAUGGGCUCCCUAUCCAGACCUGGGAGCUUGGAAGGAGCCUUCAAGGCCAAACCUGAUGCCAUGAAGCGCAUUUUGCAAGCCACGGUCGAAUCUUUGUGGACAGUGUCAGCCAUCAAAGCACAAGCCUCAGUGAUAGAAGACAAGGUUCACAUUUGGCAAGAAAUUGCCAACCCAGGUAGCCGCAAGGUCAUUCGUGGAAUGUACACCCUUCUUUGCAAUAUGCAACAUUCCGAUGAACUUCCUGAGGAAAGCCACUUUUGGCUGACAGAUUUUGACAGAUACAUUCAGUCGCUGCUCUCCACAUCUUUGCUGCUCUUCUUGUUGAGCCACCAAUAUAUCAAAUCUGCAGCGCGGUGCUGUGCGCAUGGCGCUUGCUUCACAAAGGAGCAAUUUCAACAGAUCUAUGACCAGCUUUCUCCAGAGGAACAGCCUGGUUGGCUAAGCCAGCUUCUCAAUGCGAACGCGCGCGACGAGCGGCUGGACACCGUUCAUUUUUUGCUGCACUUGCGUGCGGACACUGAGAUGGUUUGGCAGGGCAACACCGCCCUGAUGCAUGCUGCCAAUGGUGGUCAGCAGGCAGUUAGCCGGCUGUUGCUGGAGCAUGGUGCCAAUGUGGCAGCUGCCGACAGUGAUGGUACCACUGCUUUGAUGAGAGCUGCCUUGGGUGGUCAUCUAGCAGUGGUGCAACUACUGUUGGACCAUGGCGCCGAUGUGAAAGCCACUGAAAUCGAUGGUACCACAGCUUUGAUGCACUCUGCUCUCGCUGGCCAUGAAGCUGUAGUGAAGCUGCUGUUGAAGAACGGCGCAAGCGUGCUGAGAGCAGAGGAGGAUGGCACCACCGCUUUGAUGGGUGCGGCUUUAGGUGGUCACACCGCCGUAGCCAAGCUGUUGUUGGAGCAUGGCGCAGAUGUCUUGGCUGCAGAGGAUGAUGGCAUGACUCCUUUGAUGGGGGCAGCCUUGGACGGUCACGCAGCUGUUACACAGCUUUUGCUGGAGUACCGUGCUGAUGUGGCAGCUCUGACCUGCAGUGGAAUGACUGCGCUGAAUUUUGCAGCAGAAAGUGGUCAUGACAAAGUUGUGAACUUGCUCCUGAACCAUGCUGGUGACUCGGAGUCUGUCGACCACGUGAGCAAAGUGAUGCCUCUUGGGACGAACAGUGACCAGGAUGGCAUGGAAAGAUUAAAGAAAAAAUAUGGUGCAAAGACAUCAAAGGCACCGAAGACAUCUACUGACUUCACUAAGACAUCCACAACUAUCUGUGUUUGAACGAGCACUUUGCUGCGCCAAAGUGCCGGCCGCAUAGUCACAUAGUCAGGUAGUUUCUUUUACAUGGCAGACAGUGCCACACCAGCUUGAGCAACGUAGUUUCGUCAUGUAUUGACUACACAGAUCUACAUAGCCAAUUUGCCGGUGCAAAGCGACAGAACAAA